AUGUUGAAGUCCCUCGUUACACUCCUAGCUCUAUCGAGCUCAGCCUUAUCGCACGCCCACCAUGACCAUGAAGAGGUAGCUCCCCCGCACGUGCGCGAGGAGCUCCUCAAGAAAUGGGAUCAAGAGUGGUCCUUCACCGGCAUCUCAAGCUUCGCCCACCUCAAGCCCGUGAAAUGCCUUAUCGAGCCUGACGAGCGCUACGACAUCGCCGUUAUCGGGGCGCCGUUUGAUACCGCUGUUAGCUAUAGACCUGGCGCCCGCUUCGGCCCCCGCGCCAUCCGUGCCGCCAGCGCACGCCAGAUGGCCGGUACAUCCUUCAACACGCGCGCGGGAAUCAACCCGUACAACUCAUGGGCGACCAUCAAAGACUGCGGCGACAUCCCAAUCAUGCCCUUCGACAACGGCGUCGCAGAGCGCCAGAUGUACGAUGCGUUCCUUGAGCUCGGCUCCCGACCUGCCAUCACCUCGUCCUCGUCUAGUAAAGUGAAGGGUAUUUCUGCGGGAAAAACCAAGCUCGUAACGCUUGGUGGCGACCAUAGCGUUGCGCUGCCUGCGCUGCGCGCGCUGUACCAGAUCUACCAGAAACCCAUCACGGUGCUGCAUUUCGACGCGCACCUGGAUACAUGGAACCCCGCGCGGUACUCUGCGUACUGGGUAUCCGAGCAGUCGGGUUUCAAUCACGGGAGUUUUUUCCACAAGGCUAGUCGCGAGGGACUCAUUUGCAACUCGACAUCUGCGCAUGCCGGUCUGCGCACGCGGUUGACUGGUAUCGAUGAUAGCGAUUACACGAAUCCCGGGCCGGAGCAGGGUUUCCUGCGCAUUCACGCGGAUGAUAUCGACGAGUUGGGUGGACCGAUGGGCAUUGUGAAACGCAUUGUUAAUCGGAUUGGACUUGACCCCGAGCAGCCUGUUUAUUUGUCUGUUGACAUCGAUGUCUUGGAUCCGAGUACUGCUCCUGGCACCGGUACGCCUGAGCCUGGUGGUUGGACGACGCGGGAGAUGAUUCGCAUUCUGCGCGGUAUUGAGAAGUUGAAUAUUGUCGGCGCUGAUAUCGUCGAGGUGUCGCCUAGCUAUGAUAACAAGGGCGAGACGACUGCUCUGGCUGCUGCUCAGGUUGCUUUUGAGAUUAUCACGACUCUCGUCAAGGCUGGUGCGGGGGAUGUUGGUGGUUGGUAUGGACGGAAAGAGGAUGUCGCGGACUCUGUCCACCAAGGUACCGACAAGGACGAGCUCUGA